GAUUGAAGCACCCAGAGAAUGAAACAGUCAGUGCUGGCCAGAACAUGGGGGACAUGCUGGAGAAGAGCUUAGAGGAGCCCGAGAGCUCUGUGGACCAUGAGUGUUCCAUGAAAAUGGGGGAGCUGGUGGAAGUGUCCAGCGGUGACAAGGUGAAGUUUGACGAUACGGGUCUCUCCCUCCUGCUCCAGAAUGGGCUGGAGAACCUGAGGCUUGAGAAUUCCCUGACAGAUGUCAUCCUCUGUGUGGAGAGCAGGGAGUUCUCCUGUCACCGAGUGGUCCUUGCCGCAGCAAGCAAUUAUUUCAGGGCCAUGUUCUGCAAUGAUUUAAGAGAGAAAUAUGAAGAGAAGAUCAUACUUAAAGGAGUUGAUGCAGAAACCAUGAAUAUACUCUUGGACUACACCUACACCAGCAAGAUGCUCAUCACAAAGCAAAAUGUACAGAAAGUCUUGGAAGCUGCCAGCCUCUUUCAGUUCCUUCGCAUGGUAGAUGCUUGUGCCAGUUUCCUCAGUGAGGCCCUGCAGCCAGAGAACUGUGUUGGCAUCCUCAGGCUGGCUGAUGCCCACUCCCUGCACAGCCUGAAACUACAGGUGCAGAACUACAUUAUCCAGAACUUCACCCAGGUCCUGAGCCACGAGGAGUACCUGGAGCUGCCAGCUGACAUCCUCUGCAGCACUCUGAAGAGUGAUGACCUCUAUGUGACAGAGGAAGCCCAGGUGUUUGAAACUGUGAUGAGUUGGGUUCGUUACAAGGAGUCAGAAAGAUUUCCUCUCCUGCCCUACGUGCUGGAGAAUGUCCGACUGCCCCUCUUGGACCCCUGGUAUUUUGUAGAGACUGUUGAAGCUGAUCAACUCAUUAGACAGUGUCCAGAUGUCUUUCCUUUGCUCCAGGAAGCCAGAAUGUACCAUCUGUCAGGCAAUGAGAUUAUUACAGAAAGAACCAAGCCCAGGAUGCACGAGUUCCAAUCCGAGGUGUUUAUGAUCAUAGGGGGCUGUACAAAAGAUGAGAAGUUUGUGGCAGAAGUGACUUGCCUGGAUCCUUUGAGGAGAAGCCGCCUGGAAGUAGCAAAAUUACCCAGCACAGAGCAGGAGACGGAGAAUGAGAAUAAAAAAUGGGUGGAGUUUGCAUGCAUUACACUAAAAAAUGAAGUCUACAUAUCAGGUGGCAAAGAAACAAAGCAUGAUGUCUGGAAAUACAAUGCCUCCAUCAACAAAUGGAUACAAAUUGAGUACCUAAAUACAGGAAGAUGGAGGCAUAAAAUGGCUGUGCUGGCUGGGAAAGUCUAUGUCAUUGGGGGCUUUGAUGGCACCCAGAGAAUCAACAGCAUGGAAGCAUAUGAUCCCUUUCAUAACUGCUGGUCAGAGGCUGCUCCCCUGAUGGUAAAUGUGAGCUCCUUUGCAGCAGCCAGCUACAAGAAGAAACUCUAUGUGAUUGGGGGAGGACCCAACGGGAAGCUGGCAACAGACAAGACUCAGUGCUAUGACCCAGUGACCAACACCUGGAGCCUCAGAGCUGCCAUGCCCGUGGAAGCCAAAUGCAUCAAUGCUGCCAGCUUCCGAGAGCACAUCUAUGUUGUGGGUGGGGCAAUGAAAGCUCUGUAUUCCUACAGCCCCCGGGAAGACACAUGGAGCCUGGUGACUCAGUUCACCCACGAGAGAGCCAGCUGUGGGAUUUCUCCCUGCAACAACAAGCUGUUUAUCACCGGGGGCCGAGAUGAAAAGAACGAAGUCAUUGCAACAGUGCUGUGCUGGGACCCCGAAACUCAGAAGCUGACAGAAGAGUGUGUCCUGCCCCGGGGGGUGUCUCAUCACGGGAGUGUUACCCUCAGGAAGUCUUACACUCACAUCCGCAGGAUUGUGCCUGGGGCAGUUUCUGUCUGACCCAGACAGUGGCAGAACCGCCAUGAAACCCAACACCUCCUGGCACAGACUGACACGACUGGGUUUUUGAGCUGCAGCUAGCAAUGGAAAUACCAGCACGGGGGCCUUUGGGGAGUAGCUGUAUAUAUGUUCAGCCCUUGCACUUCCUCUGUACAGCAUAUCCUUAAAUUAUCUCAGACAAACAAAGGGAUCAGCUGGAGUUUACCCCUGCCAACACAAUACCUCCCAUCAGGCAAAGAAACGGGAUGUGUGAGGUGGAGGUUGGAAAUUAACUUCUCAGAUAUAUCUGCUCUGAAACGUGCUUGAACUGGCUCAGCACAGUCCUGACGUUUGUUCAGCUAUUUAUUGUGUUAAACUGGAUUUGAAGCACCUAUUAGUAAA